GAUACUGACGACUAUCGCAGUGCUCGCCGAGAUAUGUAGUCUCUCGCCUGUCAUCGGGUUCGCCCUUCGGGUCUACGGUUCACACCCACCCCAGGCUAGGAAUUGGGACAACUGGGUGCUUGCCGGGGUGGGCGGACCUGGUUAUUGUAGAUGUCAGAACGUUUCUUGGUAAUCCGAGGGGAAAACACCUCUGUCUUUCAAUUGCUCCGAGGACCACUGUCAAAGAUACUCCCUUCUGGGAACCGGGGAGGGGGGUCCGCCAUAUUGGUGAAGGCAGACGAGAGCGCCUAGAGCUCCAGGAUGGUUGGCUCUGCGGGCGCAAAUCCGCCAUAUUAUUAAAGAGAAAGGGAAGGUUGACCCUCCUUUGCAACCCUCCUUCCAUACACACCCAUUUUCCCACCCUGCUUUCGCGACUAAGCUUGCUGGGCCUUUCGCUUGCCUCAGUUGUCUAGCCUUUGUCGGAAGAAAGCUUAGCAGCUCAGAACAGGCUUAAGAUAGCACCGAAUGAGGGGUAAAGGGAAAUGCCGACCAAUUGCGCCGCAGCGGGCUGUGCAACUACCUACAACAAGCACAUUAACAUCAGCUUCCACAGGUUUCCUUUGGAUCCUAAAAGAAGAAAAGAAUGGGUUCGCCUAGUUAGACGCAAAAACUUUGUACCAGGAAAACACACUUUUCUUUGUUCAAAGCACUUUGAAGCCUCCUGUUUUGACCUAACAGGACAAACUCGACGACUUAAAAUGGAUGCUGUUCCAACCAUUUUUGAUUUUUGUACCCAUAUAAAGUCUAUGAAACUCAAGUCAAGGAAUCUUUUGAAGAAAAACAACAGUUGUACUCCAGCAGGACCAUCUAAUUUAAAAUCAAACAUUAGUAGUCAACAAGUACUACUUGAACACAGUUAUGCCUUUAGGAAUCCAAUGGAGGCCAAAAAAAGGAUAAUUAAACUGGAAAAGGAAAUAGCAAGCUUAAGAAGAAAAAUGAAAACUUGCCUACAAAAAGAACGWAGAGCAACUCGAAGAUGGAUCAAAGCCACAUGCUUGGUGAAGAAUUUAGAAGCAAAUAACAUAUUACCUAAGGGCACAUCAGAACAGAUUUUACCAACUGCCUUAAGCAAUCUUCCUUUGGAAGAUUUCAAGAUUGUUGAACAAAAUCAACAGGAUAAAACAUUACCAAUUCUCUAAAUCUAAACAGACCAAGAUUAUCUUUUAAGUUUAUCUUCCACAGAACUUGAUGACCAUCCUUCAUUAUUUUCAGAGGUAAAAAUACUUACGGCAAUUAUGCCAAAAUUUAGUAUUUAAUAAAGUUUUACUUGAAGUAACAUAAUUACUUUAUAACUUAUGAAAACUUGAUURCAAAAGAAAAUAGAAAACUUUUUAUGAAACUUUUUUUUUGAGAAUGAAUGGAAGUGCCUUACAUGAGAAUUAUGUACUUAGAAAUUUUGCCAGAAAAUCAUGU